GGCCACGCCUCGGUCCGCCCUCCCGGGGCCCCCAUUGGCCGCAGACUCCGGUGACUUCCGGUUCCGGCCGGAAGCCCGGGGGAGGGUCGUGCUUCCGUCUUGAGUGGUGUGAGGGGGUCCUGGCGUUCCCCCCUCACAGAGUUUUUAAAAGCCGAAUGGCGCCUGGCACUCGGAAGUCUGAAACCCCCGGCUGCGGAAACGUAGGCCCUGUGGUGGCCUCAGCCUCUGCCUCUCCAGGCUGAUUUGCGAAGCUGGCGCCUGCCCCCGGGCUCCUUCACGCCCCGGGGCGGGGUUUCCCUGCAGGCGCGCCGCUGACUUUCGGGGCUGAUGGUUCUGUGUUGCGGGGCUGCCCUGUGCUCGGGGGGACGGUGAGCGGCACCCUUAGCCUCCGCUGGCCGAUGGGUGCCAGGUCCACGCUCGCUCCCCAGCCUGGCAGCCACAGUGACAGCAGGCAUUCCCGGUGGUCCCCAUGAAGGACCGCUGUCCCCGAAGAAGCCAGGCUCAGAGCCUGUGUCCUUGUCACAUGAUGGCUUCCCGCUUCCCUUCAGCCCUCAGCUCAGGUGGCCACUCCCUGUAAGCAUUUCGACACCGUCCCAUCUAAAGUGGAUCCCGCCCCCAUCCCAUUGCCCUGUUUUAGUUUCUCCGUAGCACCUUUGCCACCCUCCCUGGCUUGUUCUGCUCCCCACAGGUACUAGCUCCAUGUGACAGUGUUUUAAUGUGUCUUCUUCACCGCACGCAGAGCCCCUGCAACAGUGACCGGCAGGUACAUGGUGGAGUGGAGGAGUGCCCUCCACAAAUGGCCCCAGCACGGCUUCUGAUGGUGGGACCCACAGCUGAAUGAGGGGACUAGGGUGAGACCCUUGCUUCUUCCUUCCUGUCUUCAAGGCCAGCUAAGAGAAGCACGGAGCCGGUACCUGGGGAGUGGGCUUGCAGGUAGGUCACCUGGGUAAGAAGUCCUUCCAUAAAGACUUGAAGUAACGUGUAUUCACUUUAUUUUCCUAAAUGGGUGACCCCAAGACUGAUGCCCCACACGGUGCUGGCACACAGCAGGCAGUAGAUACUUGAUAAAUAUUUUAAGAGGGACAUUGAAUGCCAGUAUAGGACCUUCCCACCCAGUCCAUUAAUGCCUAUCACCCUCGGCCGUUAGCUCAAAUGCUACGUUUCUGAUCCUCCCAGAACAGGGCGGAUCCCUUUUUAUAUGUCAUUAGGGUACUCUACAUUUUCUUCACAACACUAUAUUAAUUUAUGAUUAUGUAUUUUGUGAAAUGAUUUACUAUCUGUCUUCAAACCUGGAAGGGCUGUGAUUGUCCGUUACUGUAUUCCUAUAAUCUAGCACAACCCCCACCAACAAUAAGUACAUGUGGAAUUGAAUGAAUGAAUAUUCGUUGAUUUUCCAGUGGCGCCAAAAGAAUAUUUUAUGUUCUUUUUUUUUUUUUCUUGAGACUCCCCUGAUGUUCUAAUGCGUACCUUAGUAGCCUAAUUUAACUGAAGGCAAACCACUUAAGAUUUCUGUCCAGGAUCACACACCUAGUGGGCAGCAGAGCUCAGUCUUAAAUGAAAGGUUUUUACUCAGUUCCUGGUACAGUGCAGUGCUUCCUCCACAUUCUGGCUGGAACAUGACACAAAGAACCUCCAAGUAUUUGUUAAAACACUGAUAAAAUUGACACAGUCCGGCAAAGUGCAGAGUAAAUACGGGGUAAAAGGGAAGCGAUUUGACUUGGUUCACGUGAUGACUUAUUGCGAAGCUCUGUCCAGUGCAGAUGUGCCAUCUUGGAUGAUAGGAAACUAGCUUAGUCGGAUUGUCUCAGCUGAGAAGUAUAGAGCUAAGGGAACAGAGUGCGUGUGGCAGUUACGGAGUUCACGAUGUACCCGGAGGCACUGUGAGCAGUUCCUGGCCCUGGGGAAGGAAGUCCGCUGUACCCUGCCGUCUCUGACACCAUGAAGUUGCAAAAACAUUUCAGCAGGAAGAAAUGUUUUGGUUUGGUUGCAGUGUUUUUUAAAAACUGCUCUGGGCUUAUGACUUGCUUUGGUAAAGAGAAUGUGGUGGAGUAUCCCUGAGGCAGAUCUGGGCCUGAACCUCAGAAAGGUUUGGGAGCUUCUACUUUUGUGCCUCGGAAGCCCUGAACCACCACGUAAGAAGUCCGGGCACCUCGCUGGAGAGACCACGUGUCAAAGAAGAGUCUGCAACUAUGUUGAUGCCCCCGUCAUCCCAGCCGACUUGCCAGCUAAAGGAAGCCGCACAAGCCACCAACAGCAGGACCAGCAGAAACUGGCCAGCUGAGCCUCGGCCUAAAUGGCAGAAUCGUGAACGAAUGAAAUACUUGUUAUUUUAAACCACUAAGUUCAGGGCAGGAUCGUUAGGCAGCGUCAGAUGGCGAAAACACACCUGUCUUCUCCCACGGCCAUGAUCUGCUGACACCAGGUAGCAGCCACUGUCCGGUGUGGGGCAUACACUUUCCAGCUUACUCAAAUCCCGCUUGCUCUCUGUUGUCUUGUUUUCUUACUGUAAAGAGAUGUUCUCGCUUUGCACUGUCUGGUGCAGUAGCCACGAGCCACGUGUGGCAGUUUGAACUAAAAUUACUAUAAGUUUAAUAAAAUGAAAAGUUCUGUGCCUCAGUCACACCAGCCACAUUUCAGAUGCCCAGUAGCCUCCUGUGACUGGUGGCUACCAUGGUGAACAGCACAGUAUAGAUCACCCCACCUUUGCAGAAAGUUUUGUCAGACAAUGCUGCUUUAUACUAACGUGCAGUGCACACCCUCCUGUCCUUCAAAACAGAAUCCUGAUUCCAUUCGGCUGUCUACUCUCGAUUUGUUCCCCCCACCCCUUGCUCCCCACCAGCUAUCCAUGCAGCUCAGGAGAAGCUAACUUCAUCUUUGUUUCUGGAUCUGACUAUUCAGAACCAAUGCUAGUCUCUCAUGCCUCUUCACAGUGACUGGUUUGGAAACCCAGACUGUAACCAUUCAAGACAUGACAUUCCCCCAGGGCCCAGCAGAGCACAGAUGACAUAAAUUGGCCCAGUCAGGCUAAAAGAAAGGACUCUUGUUCCAUGACUGCAAGGGAGACACCCUCUUCCAAAUGGGACAUGAAUUUGGAGGCCUGGAGCGCUACUUGCUGUUGGCACCUGUCUCACAAUCAUGAGAAGAACCAGUUCAGCACGUGGAUGGCACAGUAGAGAGGCAGGGAGAAGUUAGAUAGUAAAAGGUCAUAAAUCUCACACUGUUUAGGCCACUGUGUUGGGUUUUCUUUCUUUUUUUUUUUAAGAUUUUAUUUAUUUUUUUGACAGAGACAGCCAGCGAGAGGGGGGACACAAGCAGGGGGAGUGGGAGAGGAAGAAGCAGGCUCCUAGUGGAGGAGCCUGAUGUGGGGCUCGAUCCCAGAAUGCUGAGAUCACGCCCUGAGCUGAAGGCAGACGCUUAACGACUGCGCCACCCAGGCGCCCCUGUGUUGGGUUUUCUAUUACCUGAAGCCAAAAGCCACCUGCCAUGAUUCUAUCAAAAAGCAGGAAAAGAGAGGGCAGCCUGAUUUGUUCCUCACACUCGGUCCAGUAUGCUCUUAGAGCUUCUGCCCACAUAAUCAGUGCAUUUGGGGCCCCUGUGCUAAGCCCCAACGGUGAUAACACUAGAGAAUUGAUGUAAGUUGACUCUCACCACUGUGGUGUAUAUUUGGAAUAUGCCCCUGUUCCUGAAAGUAAUCGUGGAGUCUCUCCUUUGCACCUCAAAGAAAUAAGUAAAUGACUUAACUCACCCAGCUGGCAUCUGGAGGAGAGGUAACAUUGUCUUACAAAGUAUAGUUUUGUGGGCAGUCUCUUCACCUCAAGGGCUGUCUGGGAAAGAGGACCUUACUGCAGGGUCGCUUGUGGUGUGGACUGGAAUGUACCAUUUGCUCUGAUGCAGGACCCUUCCUUCUCUGUCACCGCCCUGUUCCCUGUCCCUGCGCCAUGCAGAGCCCAGAGGAGCUGCUGUCUGAUGGAGUGAAUUCAGAAACCAAUGGGGACCGAGGACAUUUCAGGGGCCGUCGACUUUUUCAUGAUGGAGAUCAUGAAGGAAUUGAAGUGAGCCCUCCAGCACUGUGGUGCGUCUGUUAGAUUGAACCAGGAGGCCACAAGACUGACGGGACUCGAACGCCUGGAUGCUCGUGUACAUAAGCCAAGACAGAACGCUGGACCAUCUGGAAGCUGCCGGCCACGUAUGUCUUCUGAAAGAUGCCUUUGACCUGGAAAGCUCGUCUGAAGUCGCCCACCUCAUCAGGGCCGAGAACCUGGAGGCAGCCCUGGCUCUUCAUCUGUACAGAGGAGGCCGCCUCUUGCAAGGUCAUGGAAUCCCUUUUGGAAUCAUCUUUGGUGGAACUGAUUUAAAUGAAGAUGUUAACCAGAGGGAAAAAAACGAAGUGAUGGGAAAGGUCCUCGAAGAAGCCAGAUUUGCUGUCGCUUUCACAGAGUCAAUGAAGGAAACGGCACAGACACAGUGGCCGCAUGCCAGGGAUAAGAUCUACAUCCAGAGCCAAGGAGUCAUGACAGUACCAAGUGCCGCCUUUAACUGGAACACCUUCCUUCACCGUUCAGGGAUUAACCAAAGUGCUGAUAAUUUACACAUCUUCCUCCUGGUGUGUGGACUUAGACACGUAAAGGACCCUCUUUACUUGGUGGAUGCGUUCUCAGAAUGGCAUCGAGAGGAGCCUAAUGUUUACAUGGUGAUCGUCGGUCCGGAAGUUGACCCAGUGUUUACAAGGGAAGUAAAAGCCAAAGUAAAGAGAUUCCCGGCGGCAGAGUGCUGUCCCUGCUCCUGUUUCAGGAUGGCUGGGGUGCGGCUGCUCGGAGAGAUGCCGCAGGGGGACCUGCACGCAGCGCUGAGGAACUGCUUCGCCGUGGUGAACAGCUCCGUGUCCGAGGGCAUGUCCGCCGCGAUUCUGGAGGCGAUGGAUCUGGAAGUCCCGGUGCUGGCCAGGAACAUCCCCGGGAACGCAGCAGUGGUGAAGCAUGAGGUCACAGGGCUGCUGUUUUCAGACCCGCAGGACUUCGUUCAGCUGGCAAAGAGGCUGGUUCGCGAGCCCGCGUUGGAGAGAGAACUCGUGGCCAACGGGAGGGAGUAUGUGAGAAGGUAUCACUCGUGGCAGGCGGAAAGAGACACCUAUCAGAACCUGGUCCGGGUUCUCGAGGGAAGCACCGGGGAGUAAGGGUGCCCGCCGGGUGCCGUCCCGCGCCCGCCCGCGGCCAACGCCCAUGCACGGCCCAGGGUCAGUACCCACAGACGGAGUUCUGGGCCAGCGGGUCCAGCCCGGCCCAAAUCAAGCCAGUUUCAAUGGAAUCAUCAAUAAACGACAUCGGUUACAAGGGAAAACCUCAUCCGAAACCCGUCUGAGCUUCCAGAGAAUAUCCCGGAUGUGUCUACCAGAUCAGCUCCUGGGCACAGGGGGGCCGGGCAGGGGGAGGCGGGGAGAGAGGGGCCUUAGCCGCUCCGGGACUUCGGGGCGAGCCACCGCACCACAGACACUUCCCACCGACCUUCUGAUGACCUGUAACUCAUUGUCUAUCCAAUAUCAGCAACUAAAGUCACACGUGUCCACAGAAUAAAGCGUGUCACCGUCAGCC